AGCAUCAAACACUUAUCUCAGCCUUAUUCAAAUUUCAUCAGCUUAAUGGCCUUAAACCACAGUUGGAAAUAAACAAAAAGGCCAACCACUGCAAACCAAAGCAAACCCAACCAAAAGAAUGAAGAUUCUUGGGUUGUUUGGGUUCCAAGAAUUCCUUUUCUCUCCAAUGUAAAAAUUUUCCCAUCCCAAAAACCAAACACAACACAAAGAAGAAGAUUACUUUUCUUCUUGAGCUUUGAAUUCCCUAUCUCAAAGGGAAGAAAACCCACAGUUUUCCAUUUCCCAUUUUUCAAAACAUCCAUUAUUGCUUUGAAUAUGGUUCAAAGAAAGGUAACAAACAAGCUUGGAAUCAACGCUGAUAAUUUAAGGCAUGAGAAACAUUUGUCCAACCCGAAACCAUCUUCUUCUCAGCACCAUCAAGAUGGCAAAAACAGAGGACCAGACUUGAAGAAGAAGAUGAAGAAAUCAAGAUCAAUCAAGCUUUCUGAUAUUGAGAGCUUGAAAUCUUCAUCCCUGAGAAAAAACUUAUCAGAACCAGGAAAACCACCACCUUUGAAGGUUCCAAACACUGCGACAACAACAACAACAACAACAACAACACCACAGAAGCAGCCUCUCCUCAAAACCACCAUAGAUGGCUCUCCCAAUUACAUGAAGUCUACAAGCUGUUUUGAUGCCAGAAAGGAACAAUCCCAGGUGAGUUUUCGCAAUUCUCAAUCCGUUUCCGAUGGGAAAAUCCCCCGCCGGAGAAGUAUGAGCAAUUCAAACGGUAGUAGCUCUGGUUCUAAUAAUAAACCAGCAAAGAUCUUAACCAAAUCUUCAAGUUUGAAGAUGGUGAGGACUUUAACAAAGUCUCCGAGCUUUAAACCGGCAAGACCUUCGGCGAAAAAGUCUUCCAGAGUUGUUCUUUGUGCUGAUAUGGAUGCACAAAGCGCUACAUGUUCUUCAACUCUGAAGGACUCGAAGUUUCCUCCUUAUCUGACGCUCAAUCCUGGAGGGACCGAAGCUGAAGGAACUUCUGUCAUGAAGGUUUGCCCGUAUACAUAUUGCUCCUUGAAUGGUCAUCAUCAUGCUCCUUUGCCUCCAUUGAAGUGUUUCUUGUCAGCAAGAAGACGUUCCAUGAAGACACAAAAGAUUAUGAAGUUGCAAGCUUUAAGCCCACGUAAAGGAAAACCUUCUAAUGGUGGGAAAGAAAUUGAUAGCAUGAAGGUGAUCUUUGAUGAGAAACCUGAAAAUUCUCCUUUGGUAGAAGAAGUAGGCAUGGAUUUUUUUGUUGAAAUCUAUGCUAAAAGCAAAGAAGAUGUUAAUGAAGAAACUGGAGGGAAAGUUGUAUAUGAUGAAGAGAAAAAGAUUGAUUUUGGUGGAGAAGCAGCGGUUGUAAAAGAUUACCAUGAAGAACAAGCAUCUGAGAACCUGUCUGAUGGAUCACCAAAGUCUGAGAUCGAUGCUGAUGAAUCUCUGGAAAGAUACUCUGACAGAGUUCAAACAGAUGGGGGAAUCAUUAAAGGAGAAGAAGAGGAAGUAAGCUUUGAAUUUGAACGGUUUGAAAAUGCAGAAAUGGGUGAUUCUUCUGGUUCUGAAGCAACUGAUAUGGAGUGGGAAGAGGAGCAAUUUUCUGAAGCAGAAGUUGAAGAUGAAACUAAUAAUCCUAGUAAAAUGGAUGAUGAAUCUGAGUCAAAAGUUGGGUACUCAUUGGAAGUUGAAAUUUCUGAUCUGCAAGAAGAAUGUGUGAUCAUGCCAGAAGAUGCUGUUAGCAACUACAAUGAAGUGAUUCCGGUUUACAAGGUUAUGGAAGAAGAAGCGUGUGAUGAAGAAGGUUCAUGUGUUGACGAAGAUUUUGGUGAUGGUUGUGCUGAACAGGAUUUGAGACAAGUUUCUGACAGCUCAAUUUAUGACCAACUUUUUGGCACUGAGGAUGCAUCAGAGGAGGAAAGUAGCGCGGAAGAAAGAGAUACCAAGACAGAUUUGGUUCACACUUUGAUUGCUUCAACACCAGUGGAGGAGCCAAAACAGGAAGAGGAGGCUGAAGAACAAAACAGAGUUCCUGAAGCAGAGAAUGUGAUCCUCAAAAUGUAUUCUCAACUUGGAGACAAUAAAACUGAGGUGGCUGCCGAAGCUACUGAAGAUGUUUCAAAUGUUGAUGAUAAAGACAACCUUCCUAUGAAUGAUUCCGGUGACUCAGACCAGUAUAUUGAUGCUGACACUCAAGGUGAUUUGUCUGAGGAGAAGUACAGCAACAUUGAUGCUGCUCAGAACCAGAGCUUAGAGGAGAAAGAUCAAGGUCAAGCAAAGAAGUCUUCAGCCACAAGAUCAGAUGAUUCCAAGGAGCAAACUGAUAUAAUGCUGAAGCCAAUAGAUUCGACAUCAAGCAGCGCGGUGGGUACAAUUGAAGUGGAAGAUGGCAGAGAGUUAGAUAACAAGGAGACAAUCCUUGCCUCAAACAAUAGCAUGGAUUCAGACAAGAAAAGAGCAUACUUGUAUGCAAAAAGAAAUACUGAGCAAGAACUUCCUAAUGCCAGCAGCAAUCUGAAAUGGACAAUCAGAAGAAAGAAACUUUGCCAGGAGAGUGAGGAAGAAAGAGAAUUCAAUCCACGAGAGCCGAAUUUCCUGCCUUUGGUUCCGGAUCCAGAAGCAGAAAAGGUGGAUCUCAAGCAUCAGAUGAUGGAUGAGAGAAAAAAUUCAGAGGAAUGGAUGAUUGAUCAUGCACUCCAACAGACUGUCACAAAACUUGCUCCAGCCAGAAAGAGGAAAGUGGCAAUGCUUGUGGAAGCUUUUGAAGCAGUGAUGCCAAUACCGAAGUAUGAAUCUCAUAUAAGGCAACCUUCAGCAGCUUUUUCACAUGCAAGACCAAUCCAUGCUUGUAGCUGAUGGUGGUAUUUCAGGUGAUUAUGGUGAAGGGUAGUCAGAUUGCUAUGAAAAGGUUAUCAAAUAGGAAGGUACUUAUUUAGCUACAAACAGAUCCCAAAGGUGUAGGACUAAACUACAGGUUCAGGAAAAUAACUAACUAGUUUUUCAGGAGUUCAUGGUACUGGGAAAUAACAUAGCUUCAGAUGAAGAUCAUUGAAUGGAAAUGGAACUGCAGAAUAUGGUGGUUUAUCCUAAGCUGCUGGGUGAAGUGGAAGAGUAAUUUGUAUAAUAAGUUAUGGAAGACAAUAUAAGUUAUAUAAUAUGGCAUUGAGUUUACCAAGUUUGAUGAUGUUCAUCAACUCUUUGUUUUUUGUAAGAGGCAAUGGACCUCCAAACAAUGAUAAAUUGACUCUGGUUGUUUGUUUAAUAUUAUAUAUAGCAUAUAACAUUUGGUGGUUUAAACUUAUUCAAUCUAGCUGCCAUAUUCAUUUUA